AUGUCAACCUAUCGCGGCCGGACAGGGCCGAAUUUUUCGGAAUAUCUCAACAGCUUGAACACCCUGACGUCGCCCUAUGAUCAAGAGCAGUUCCCGGCAGAAGAGUUGGAUAUAAGCCAGGACUUGGCCAUGUUCACAAAUACCGACUUCACCCAUUUUGAUAUCCCUGCACUACCUGAAGACGGUUCCUUCAACUUCGACCUGCCUGAAAAUAAAAGUAAUUCACACAAUGUGAAGUACGAAGACCUACUUGCGGUUACGUCGCCGAGCCAGAAUCAGCAAUUGCCUCAGAUGGAUGCCUCGGCCGCAGAGCCUGCGCACUAUUAUAGCACCUACAACACUCCCAUACAGCCUGCGCCUGCGCAAGGUUUCGGCAGCCAUGACGCUCUCGGUUCACCGAGUGCUCAGACGGCGGCUGGCAGCAAGCGAAAAGGCGACUCGCUCGAUUCGAACACACUAAGUCCCGAAGAUAAAUCCCGUGUGGCUGCUGAGGAGGAUAAAAGGCGGAGAAACACGGCGGCGAGCGCAAGAUUCCGGGUGAAGAAGAAGCAACGUGAGCAAGCGCUGGAACGCACGGUCAAGGAGGUGCAGGAAAAGAACUCGAAGCUGGAGGCGAAGGUGAACCAACUGGAAAUGGAGAAUAAAUGGCUUAAGGAUUUAAUCACGGAGAAGAAUGGACUCGCGUCAAAGGAGGAGAUGGCAGCGGCGUAUCAACAGUACCGCAAAGAGAGUGAAGAGCGCGACGUGAAAGUCUCGGAGCACACGACCGGUGUUGGAACUGACUGA